AUGGUGUAUAAGCGUCACGAAGCUAAAUCAAAAAAAGUCACUGGGAAGAAGGAAGUUAAAAAAAAGGAGGUGAAAUCAGCUGCAAUUAAAGAAGAUAGAACGACUGAAAGAGCUACAAAAGUUCAAAUUGAAUCAACAUCGUCGUCUUCUACCAGUGAAGAUAACGAAGGCCUCAUGCUCAAACCAAGCCCUCCAGCCUCUGCAGCUGUUAAAGAAGCAAAUGCUUCUGAAAGCACUUCAACCACAGCCCUUUCUAGAUCACGUCUAUCAUCGACAACAGGGACUGAAGAUACAGCACUUUCUCCGCGCGCCGAUAUACCACCAGAAUAA